ACAGUGUAUAAAUGAACACCGUUAAGACAGUGUUUAAAAUAUCACCGUGAAGACAGUGUAUUUAUGGGAACCAUGAAGACAGUGUAUUUAUGGGCACCAUGAAGACAGUGUAUUUAUGGUCACCAUGAAGACAGUGUAUUAAUGAUCACACAGAACACAAUAUAUUAAUGGUCACCAUGAAGACAGUAUAUUAAUGAUGAUCAUGAAGACAGUGUAUUAAUGGUCAUCAUGAAAGCAGUGUAUAAAUGAUCGCCGUGAAUACAGUAUAUUAAUAAUCACCAUGAAGACAGUGUAUUAAUGAUCACCGUGAAGACAGUGUAUCAUUGAUCACCAUGAAGACAGUGUAUUAAUGCCCACAAUGAAGAAAGUGUAUUAAUGCGCACAAUGAAGAAAGUGUAUUAAUGAUCACCGUGAAUAAAGUGUAUUAAUGAUCACCGUAAAGAGAGUGUAUCAAUGCUCACCAUAAAGACAGUGUAUUAAUAAUUAGCAUGAAGACAGUGUAUUAGUGAUCACCGUGAAUACAGUAUAUUAAUGAUCACCAUGAAGACAUUGUAUUAAUGAUCACCGUGAAGACAGUGUAUUAAUGAACACCAUGUACAGUAUAAAUGAUCACCAUGAAGACAGUGUAUUCAUGGUCACCGUGAAUACAAAUGGUGUGAAACUGCUCUAUUCCUCUCUUCCACCGAUGAUAUUUAAUUCACCAUGGGAACUGUUGCGUUUUGGAAGCUGUUAAUGAUAAAGAUUAUUUUUAUUCCGUGUACAGACUGUCAAGGGUCAAGUGCUAUUAGACUGCGUAACGGUACAACGCAGUUAGAAGGUCGUGUGGAAAUAUAUCACAAUGGAGUAUGGGGUACAAUCUGUGAUGAUGGAACAAGCAAAAACUUUGCCAAGGUCGUAUGUCGACAGCUCGGAUAUGCUACUGAAAAUGUGUCAGUACGUACGGGUGCCUAUUUUGGUGAAGGCAGUGACCCGAUUUGGCUAGACGAUGUUACUUGUCAGGGAAACGAGACUAUGAUCGAUGCGUGUACGUUCAGACCAUGGGGAGUGCACAACUGCAAACAUGGAGAAGAUGUCGGAGUUACAUGUACAAGUAAUAUAAGACUACGUAACGGUACAAUGCAAUCAGAGGGUCGCGUGGAAGUAUUUUACAAUAAAAUAUGGGGUACGGUCUGUGAUGAUGGAACAAACAUAAAGUUUGCCAAGGUUGUAUGUCGACAGCUCGGAUAUGCUACUGAAAAUGUGACAGUUCGUACGAGUGCCUAUUUUGGUGAAGGCAGUGACCCGAUUUGGCUAGAUGAUGUUACCUGUCAAGGAAAUGAGACUAUGGUCGAUGCGUGUACGUUCAGACCAUGGGGAAGUCACAACUGCAACCAUAAUGAAGAUGUCGGAGUUACAUGUAGUUCAAGUGCUAUUAGACUACGUAACGGCACAACGCAAUUGGAAGGUCGUUUGGAAGUCUUUCACAAUGGAACAUGGGGUACGGUCUGUGAUGAUUAUACGGAUAUAAACUUUGCCAAGGUCGUCUGUCGACAGCUCGGAUAUGUUACUGACAAUGUGACAGUACGUAUGAAUGCCUAUUUUGGUGAAGGCAGUGACCCGAUUUGGCUUGACAAUGUUAUUUGUCAAGGAAACGAGACUAUGAUCGAUGCGUGUAGGUUCCAACCAUGGGGGAAACACGACUGCAGACACAGAGAAGAUGUCGGAGUUACAUGUUAUGUUGCCUGCUCUGCACCGGACGUAGAAGCCGCUUCCAAAGAUUCUGGAGCAACGAUUGUUUACAACACAACCGUAACGUACACAUGCACAGGAGGCUACUUCCAUACAAAUGGCGAUUUAAUAAGAACAUGUCAAGCUAAUGGCCUGUUGAAUGGUAUUUCCCCAACUUGUACACGAGAUUGCGGUACUGUACCAGCGGUACCUCAUAGUACAUAUACAACUCCCACAAACACCCUCCUCGGUGCACGUGUAACGUACUCGUGUGAUUCUGGGUAUUUCGUUUCGGGUACAGAGAUUAUUACAUGUUUGACGAGUGGUUGGACCGCACGACCAGUUUGUCAUCCGGUAACCUGCUCUGUAUCGGACGUCGAGGACGCUUCCAAAGAUUCGGGGGAAACGAUUAUUUACAACACGACUGUUUUGUAUACAUGUGCAGAAGGCCACAUCCACACUAAUGGCAGUAUUGUAAGAACAUGUCAAACUGACGGUCAAUUGGACGGUACUUCCCCAACUUGUUCUCAGGAGUGUGGCACUCUCCCAGCGGUGCCUUACAGCACGCAUACGCCUCCCACAAGCAGGUUGAUUGGUGCACAUGUUACGUACUUGUGUGAUUUUGGAUAUACCUCGUCGGGUGCAGAUACUAUUGAAUGCUUGACAAGCGGGUGGACCACACGACCAUUCUGUCAUCCAGAUGUAGGGUAUAAUUGUACGGACACUUCAUGCACUGACCCCAAUGCUGUUUGCGAUGGUGACACCCUACUGUGCUCGUGUCCUGCUGGGUACUUUGAUAGUAACGGAGGCGCUCUUCGUGGAACGUGUGAAUUCAAAUCUACUGAAGUAUCUGCAGUGUUAAUAGCUGUUCCGAUUGCAUGUGUCGUGGUUGUGAUUCUGGCUGUGACCACCGCUUGCUUCAUCAAGCAACGAAGAAAUCGACUGGAAGCUGACCACGGAAAAAGUAACACCAGAAUCACGGAAAGAAGUGUCAUAAGUCUGCAAACGCUCGUAGCAGAACAUGAUUAUUAUAAUAUCGGUGAAACAAUAAAACCUGAGGGUAAAUACAAUACGGAAGCACACAAUAUGAUGGACAAUCCAGCUUAUGUUUACACUGAAGACACGCCGGUAGCCUAUGUUCCACAAACCAACAUUGACGCGGCUAUUAUUGCUCAAAACGGUAUCGAUGGACAUGACUACGAGACGCUUCAAGACCCAAUCUACGAGAACACAGACACUAAUGUUGAAGCAUGCUACGAGAACACAGAAAUUAACGGCGAAUCAUGUAAUGUUUAUGACGAGAUUUGAUUUAGUUCUCGUUAAAUUGUAAACAAUUUGUCAAUAGGGACCAAUGUAUACAGAUAUAUUUUGCAAUGAUUAUUUCAUUUGGUUUUCGAUACUGUUAAUAAUCGUUAUAAGUUUCCCAUUGAAUGGCCCUACAUAUUAUCUGAAAGUUAAACAUGCUGUAUCACAUAUUGGUUGAAUAAUGGAGACUUUAAAUUAUGUUAAAAAGUAUGUAAAUGUUCGUAUAUAAAACUGUUUAACCCAUCAAAGCUGUAACUAACAUUUUAUCUGCAGCUUUUACGGUUCACUUUCAUGUGUUAUAUGUUCAGUUCGUGAGAUAUAAAAUGCUCUGUCAAGAUUUAGAGUAACUACACAUCGAUUAGAUGUAAAGGCCUCUAGAUGGCACAAACCAAAAUCAUCACCACAUUGUUAUAGAAAAUGUAUUUCAUUUUAAUGUAAUAGAUGAUGAUAUUCAUUUUAUAUUAUAAUGUCAAUUGUAUGUACAUUUGAGAUAACAAUAUAUGAAAAACAAUAUUAUUAUACUUGUCAAAGUAUAUUUCAAUUGAUUGAAAUACACUAAUUAGAAAAUGUCAGUUUUAAUAGAAAUCUUGUUGUCUAUGUGCAUAAAGCAAUGGAAGUAAUGGAAAUAUUUAUCAUGAAUAACUAAUCCUAUAAGAUUGGUGUGAUUUUUAGCUUCGUGAUUUGCUAAUGCGAUUUAUAUAGAAUUUAUCUUGGAAUAUGUUUUUAUCCGAUUUAUAUUGUUUCUUGCCUAUAUCUUGGAAUAUCUUGGAAUAUGGUUGUCAUCAGCUCGAAUUUACUCAUGGGUAUUUUGCAUUGAUUUGUUAUGGUAAAUAAACUCUAAAGUCCUUAAUCGAGGAGAAGAUACGCCCCAAAAAGGAAAAGCAUUGUCAUAGCAUUUAAUUUGAAUGUUUUCUAAUUUUAAUAAUAAUGAUAAAUUGCGUAAUUUUCGAAAGAUAUGUUGUUGCAAUUAAAUUCUAUUGGGUUUAUUAAAAGUAUUAAUAAAAAUGACCUUCUAAUUGAUAAACCUAUGCGAUUUGCUUAUCGAACAACUUGUGAAACACAAAGCCCAAGAGACUACUUUAGGGCUACAUACAGAAUGGAUUGUACGUCAGUUUAUAGUAACAGUGACUAUUGUCAGUAUAUAGCUACUGUGAUAAUUGCGAGUUUAUAGCUACGAGACUAUUGCCAGUACAUAAAUACUGUGACUAUUGCCAGUAUAUAGCUACUCUGCCUAUUGCCAGUGUAUAGCUACUGUGACUAUUGCCAGUAUAUAGCUACUUUGACUAUUGCCAGUAUAUAACUACUGUGACUAUUGCCAGUUUAUAUAGCUUCUGUGAUUAUUGCCUGCAUAAAGUUACUGUGCCUAUUACCAGUUUAUAGUUACUGUGGCUAUUGCCAGUAUAAGGUUACUGUGAAUAUUGCCUUGAUCUAGCAAUGAUACUAUUGCCUGUAUCUCGCUACCGUGACUAUUGCCAGUAAUUAGCUACUGUGACUAUUGUUAGUAUAUAGCUACUGUGAUUAUUACCUGUAAAUAGUGACUGUGCCUAUUGCCAGUACAAUGUUACUGUGACUAUAGCCAGUAUAAUGUUACUGUGACUAUUGCCUUUAUCUAGCUACUGUGACUAUUGCCUGUAUCUAGCUACUGUGACUAUUGCCUGUAUCUAGCUACUGUGACUAUUGCCUGUAUAAUGUGGCUGUGCCUAUUGUCAGUAUAUAGCUAGUGUGACUAUUGCGUGUAUAUAGUAACUGUACCUACUGUCAAUAUAUAGCUACUGGGACUAUUGCCAGUAUAUAGUAACUGUGACUUUUGCCUGUAUCUAGCUGCUCGCCAUUACAAAGAAGAAGGCGAAUUCGUGUCAUCAAUAGAAAUAGCGAUUGACUCACGAGCUUCCCUCAAUUCUGCAUAUUAUUAUCGUCAAAAAUUCCCACGAACAUUUACUUUGUUAAAAAUUGCUGCGUUAUGUCUACAUAAAAUGACAAUUAGUGUAUACUCGUAAAAUAAGUACCGUUUUUUAUUGUUGUUUUUUGUGCUGUGACAUUUAAUAAUUGUUCUCGUAUUAGCAAUUUGUUAAUUUUGCUAAAACACAAACUAUUUUGUGCUUAUUUUGCUCAAGAAGGUAAAUUCUGUAACUUCCGACUUUGUGUUACUGUAGUAGCCUCCCUUGACUUUAUUUCACAAAACUGCGUUACUCAUUCGAAUUCAUACGCGCGUGUGACAGAUGGCGGUAAAUUUAAAUCAAAAUGAAACCGAAAAAAGGAAUAAUUAAUUAGGCAGGUGUAUAAUAAAUGGAAUAUUUCGAUAAAACGUUUUUCUGGUGACCUGCAUUACGUCUCGUUCGGUGAGUAAACAUGUAUCCGUCUCGACCAGCUGUCUCGACGUACACAUGUUUACACACCGAACUCGACGUGAUACAGGUCACCAGAAAAGCGUCCAAUCAUAAUAUCCCCCAUAUAUUUACUGUGACUAUUGCCUGUUUCUCGAUACUACGACUAUCGCAAUUUUUAUUUUCUAUUACUUUUUCCAGUAUCCUGCUACAGUGACAAUUACCAGUUUACUGUGACUUUUGCCAGUUUAUAACUACUAUGCCAAUUGUCAGUAGCUUUCGAUAGUAUGUGACUAUUGUCAGUAUCUCGCUAUUGUGACUAUUGCAAGUAUCUAGCUAUUAUGACUGUUGCCAGUAUAUCGCUUUUUAGGCCAUUGCAAGUUUAUUACUAGUAUUUGCGGUGGUAAUAGCUCUUCAGACUGCAUGCGUGUUGGCGUUGAUGCUGGCUGUGACCACUGCAUGCUUCAUCAAGCAACGAAUACAACGACGAGAGGCUGACCAUGGAAAUACAGGGAAUGAAAUGUCACAAGUCUGCAAACGUUCGCAAUCGCUCAAACAAAUACCGAUGAAAUUGAAUACGAGACACUACAAUCCUCUCUCUACUGGAACACAGAAACUAACGGAUAAAAAUGUAGUGUUUACGACGAGAUUUGAUUUCGUUGUCCUUAAAUUGUAAAUCGAUUGUUUAUGGAGGACAAUGUGCAUGAAUAUAUUUUGCUAUUAUAAUUUCAUUUUAUUUUCAUAAUUGUUCAAAAUCAAAAUUCGUUUCACAUUUGAUUGCCCUAUAUUGUUAUAUAAAUUGAUUUGUUUGGCUGUGUGAUUUGCUUUUGCGAUUUAUAUUGUACUUUGACUAUAUUGUUGAAUAUAUGUGUCGACAUCAUAAAGUGUUUACUCAUGGGAUUUUCGCCUUGAUAUUCUUAUUUAGAUAAACUGUGAAACCUUAAAUCGAAGAAAAAUUACACCCGAAAAAUAAACGUAAAAGAAUUUGCCAUAACAUUUCAUUUAAAAGCGUUAUAACUUUCAAAAACAAAUGUGUAAUUUUCAAAACUUACAACUUGUAUGUGUUAAAAUGUAACAAAUGAGAUAAACAUGAUAAUGCAUUGAAAUAGAAAAAAAAAAUUCGCUAACCUAAACUUUGCGCCUUAAAACUUGCAAACAUUACGAAAUCUUUAAAGAGCUAAUCACAAUUUUGAUAAUACCCAAUAACUUACAAUAAUGAUACUUAAUUGUUUAAUACCAUUCCUAGUACUUUUGCAAAAUAAUUAUGAAACAUUUCUCUUAACCGUUUUAUGUUCUGCUAUGCCAUUUCGCCAUAAAUACUGUUACACAUUUCUGAUGAGUUUGUUUCUUAAGUAUUAAAAUUAUGCAUUCCAAAAUACUGAAUGUUAAGAUAACCGAAUCUCUUUCAAUAAUGCUACUAAAUUGUUUUAAAAUAAACCAUGUUUCAAAUUUACACAUUUUUUAUUAGCUUUAAGUAACUACUACACUGUUGUUGAAAUACCGUUUAUCUUUAUUAACUUGGUGUUUAGUAAAUCGGCUUUUGAUUCCUGUAUUCUAUCCAGGACUUUGCAUUUUUUUAAUAAAAUGUAUUGCUUUCAAGAUGUACAUGCUAUAAUA